GCUCUGUCUCUUUGUUUUGGGGCCUACAUUUUUAGGGUUACUGUCCGAUGGAGGAUGCGCAGAGGAUUUUGCUCGAGGCGCUGGAGCUGGCUGGGAUCGUGAUGCCGCCGGGAGUGGCGUCUGUGCACGACAUUGGCCCUGCUGCGCUCAUUUCGAUGUGCUCGCAGGCGCUGCGGAUCAUCGGCGGCGACGGAUACAGGGAGGAGGUCUACAUGCCUGGAUCUGUGCCACAAUCGGUGUCGGUACGAUUUAGAGUGUGUAUGCAGCUGGCUGAGGGAGUGACGCAGCUCGGUUACCGCGAGAAUCUUAACUUCCAUCAGUUCCUUUACCCAAACGAAACUGAUGUGCACCGCCUCCUCCGGUUUCUACUCGAAAAGAUUUCCAAAACAACGCCAAGCUCGAGUCAUGGUCGAACAAAUCGUAGACGGAAGAGUAUGACGUCGAGAAAAGAAACUGGCACUUCUAACAUUGAUGCUGUGGUUAGACAAGCCUUGCUGGGGUGGUCUGACACAGAAGAGAAAGUUCUUCCUUAUCGUACGUUGGGCAACGACUCGGAUGAUGACGCUGAGAAUGUUUCGUCGACUUUCAGUUCAGAAGAUCCAGGGGGAGAUGGUCGUACAAGCAAAGAGUAUGACGGCCAGCCCCGAAUCAUCACCGGAGGAAAGUUUUUGGAGAUGACCCCAGACAAGGAGAAGCUCUAUAUCGAACUGCUGAGCGAGUUGAAAGAAACUCAAGGAAAGAUUGCAAAAUACGAGAAAGAUAACUCCGAAGGCUACGUAUCGGUUGCCGAGGAAGAGAAGAAAGCUCGGCUCGCUGAGGAUGAUUUACUGGUUUUGCAACAGGCUGUUAAGCUGAUAAAAAGCUGCUCAAGUCCGCACUCGGCUCUGGAGAAGCUCGAGUCUGAUAUAGAGACGAGCCAGAAAUCUUUUGAUCUUGCACAAAAGCAUUGGGAAAUGGGGAAGGAGCAUUACGAGAAAGAAAUAAGUGAUUCUCAACGCUCGCUGGAAAUAUUGUCAAAUCAAUCGACGACGAUUCUGGAGGAGAAAAUGUUGAAAGAGAUAGAGGAUAUCUCCUUAAAGGUCGCCGCAAGGAAAGAAGAGCUGGCAUCGUUGACGACAAGGCUUGCUAAUUGUCCCAAGCAGGCGCCGAAAGGCAGCUACGUCCGUCGCAUCACAGAGCUAGUGAAGAACAGCAAAAAGCAAGAGACGGAUGUGACAAAGAUCAUUCACGAGACACGCAUUCUUCAGAGAGAUUACAAUGCGACACAAGAGCGGCUUGGGAGAAUCCACCUCCUGGUUGACGAGCUCAUCUUCAGGGACGCCAAGAUUGAGCCGCAGUGCAGGCUGGCUUACAGGAUCCUGAGCGGCAUGCACGAGAGCUUUGGUGGCCUUGUGGAGAAAGUCCUUGAGAUGGACAAGUUGGACCGGGAAAUAGCGGACCUUGAAGCAAAGCUGGAAGGAUGUGAGCAGGAAAUCGCGGACAUUGACAAAGUAAAGGACGAUCUCAACGCAAUUGUAUCCGAGAACAAACUCCUGGAAACGAAGAGGAGAGGACAGUGAAAGCCGAUCUUCCGGUAUGUAGAAUUUUACGCAAUGCGGGAGACGCCUGUCCGGCAGUGAAGACGCACUUCCGUGGUGUCGUCUCAUUUAAAGAACCGGACGCCAUGAUCAAAGGUAUGAUCUUUUAAGAUGCAUCAAUGGAUCGAGCUCCUUUCACUCA